AUGGUGUUUCUGUCCCUCGCCGUGGUUCUCCUCGACGUCAACGGUCCUCUAUCUCUCUGUCUCUCUCCGCGAAUCGAAAGUGGGUUAGAUUCUGUCUCUCGGUGGCUCUCUACGGCGGCGACGGAGCUCUCUGCGGUGGGUCGGUUCGAAUCAAGGGAUACCGUUUCCCUCUCAUCAUCAGAAGUUCCUAAAAAUGGUGGCAAGCCUCGUGCAGAGCGUAAGAAACGAAGGACCUGGACGCCAACAUAUGAUAUAGUGCUAAUCAGCUCCUGGCUAAACACUAGCAAAGACUCUGUUGUUGGGAAUGAGCAAAAGUCAAUCGCCUUCUGGGAGCGAGUUGCAACAUACUUCUCGUGUAGUCCUAAGCUUGCGGGCUGUGAAAGACGAGAGGGAUCUACAUGCAAGCAACGUUGGCACAAGCUAAAUGAUCUAGUUUGCAAGUUUUGUGGGGCUUAUGAAGCAGCUACCAGAGAGAAAAGCAGUGGUAUGAACGAGAAUGAUCUAAAAAUGAAAGCAGCUCGAAAAGGAGAAAGUGUGGGGAUGGUUCACAUUCUGCAAGCUAUGCAAGUAAAUGAAAAUGAUGCUGCUGUAGACGAUGAGGGAACGAAUCGUUCCCUAGGUGUUAAGGCAGCAAAGGCCCGUGGAAAGAGGCCGGUGGUUGAGGGGAAGGAGUUGUCUGACUUCCAGUCUAUGUGGAGCCUCAAGAAGGCGGAUUUGCAACUGAAGGAAAGGCUCUCCAGGAUGAGGAUGCUUGAGAGUCUUGUUGCAAAGCAAGCACCGUUAGCUGAUUAUGAAGAAGCUUUGAAGAAGAAACUCAUAGCUGAGUUGAUUCCUAGUUAG